AUGCCGAACAACCUGUGGUUCUCGUUUUAUGUUCACAUUGAUUUGGAGCUGAUUAUAUCAUCAAUUGAGCAGUUUCUGAAAUUUAUACCAUGUUUAAUAAACCAGUCGAGCCUUUUUGCUAUGAUCCCUGCACAUCCAGCUUUGGAGAGGCGCAGUACAAAUCAGAGUGCGGCACAAAACACUUCAGAACUUGAUUUUCGGUUUCCAAUUGGAGCCCCCAUACAUGGGAUUCUUGCGUUUUUAUCUACAAAUCAGAUCAAGACUUAUGAUAAAGAAAGAAAUGCAUUGGCUCUUGCAUUGAGUCAUGUCGUCAGGGCUCUGGUUGAUCCAGAUGGAGCAUUGAGUGAUGUGCGGAAUUUGGAUAGCUUAAGAAUGAAAAUAAGCUUCUCAGAUUGGUUCAUGUCCAAGGGUCGCACACGCAUGAGUAUCCAGAGAAUGUGGGAUCUUGUUGCGUACGCUCUUGGGUUCACUGGUUUGAUAGUGUGGAGCAGUUUCUAUAUUAUAUUUCUUUAUGUAAUGUUUCAUUGAAAUUGUAUUCAACAGAAUACAGUGGAUGAUCAGGACACAUGGUUUUCUAAUAAGGAAGCCACGCUGUUGAAAUCACAGAA